AUGGACGACACCACCUCCUUCCUUGGAUGGGACAACCACCGCUCGUCCUCUGCGACGGGGGCUGCCGCGGGUGGUGACGACCUCUUCUCGUCACCGCUCUGGACGGACCCCAGCCCGGCCCUGACCGACCACAACACCUUCGACGUCGAGUCGUGCGGCCCCUCCCCGCUCCUCACGGACGACCUGGACCGCCCUGCGCCCGACCUGGCAAACAUGCCCCUCUUCGGCGACAUGACCCUCUUCAGUCCCGCAGUGCGCGGUGAUCACCAAGCUCCCCACGCACCCGCUGCGAUGGGACAGGACUUUCCCCUCUUCCCGGAGGUCAUGGCUCGCAGCGCACCAGGCCCCACGCUGGCUACCUCGUCGCCUCCCCCGCCCAGGGCUCAAAUGGCCUUCAGUGCUACGUCUGCGCAAGGAGACGAGGACCAGGCCACUAUGCUACUCCGUGCUCUUCAGGGGGUCGCGGCUGCGCGUCAGAGCAAUGCGCCGGUCAACUCGGCUUCGCCAACGCUCAUCUCCUCGCCUCCCAAGGAGUUGCACCACGAGAUGAGCGACAGCGUUCCCCAAUCCGCUCCGGCCAAGCCCACCCUGCACCACUCCGCCACGGCACCGCAACUCGACGUGCGCAGCACGGCUCCCGCCACUCCACUGAUCGACCCUCGCCCUACCUGCCCACGCCGCGGUACCAAGAGGCGCAUGGGCGUAGACGACCUUCUCCCCAUCGACGCGCCCGUGCAAGAGCGCAACUACCUCGCUCCCUCUGCCACCUCGCGCAAGGACUUCUUUGAGCCCUCAACCUCAGGUGCAGGAGUAGACAACGGUCCCACCGCCGAUGAGCUCGCAGCCAUCGCCGCCGAACCCGACCCGCUCAAGGCCAAGCGUCUCAGCAACACGCUGGCUGCUAGGAGGAGCAGGCACCGCAAAGCGGCUGAGGCUGCUGAGCGAGAGGGCAAGAUUGCAGAGCUCGAGCAGGAGCUCGCCGCUUACAAGAGGCGACUCCAGCGUGCUGAAGGCGAGAGGGAUGCCUUGCUUGAAGAGAAGGAGGAGUGGGGCAAGAAGAGGAGAUGUAGCUGCGCCAAGGCGGCUGAUGAGGAGGAGGAGCAGUGA